GAAGAUCCUUAUAAUAAUUUUAGGUUGGUUCGAAAACGUUUGGAAAUGUUGAAAAAGAGAGAUAUAAAUAUUUAAUAGAGGACAAUGACACACACACUCUUUCUCUUCAUAGAUUGAUUGAAUAUCUACCUAUCGUGGAUAGCGUAAACGUUUCAAACGUUUUCUGACAACCCGAAAUUAUCGUAAUGAUAUAUCCUUCUCGCCACUGAAUUCGCUUGACAUUCUUCUUUACGAUCGGGUACCUAACAAGAGGGCGAUCAGUCUCGCGAUUGUUUUGCGACAUGCAAGGGGACAUGCUAAAAUACUACUCUAGAAAUCAAUUUUUCUUGUCGCAGAUGGGCAUUUGGCCUUAUCAGUCUAGGAUGAUAAAGAUAUUGCUACCGUUUAUAUUUGUAAGCGCCGAGAUGUCUGUUUUUGCAACUCAGGUGCUUCUCUUGUAUGAUACUUGGGGUGAUAUGAGUAUGACUGUUGAAGGUAUAGUUAAUGUUAUCCUUCUUGUUGGUGCCACUAUAAAAUUAGUUAACGUUGUCCUAAAUAAUAAAAAGUUGCAACAUUUAUUACAACUGAUGGACGAACAUUGGCAGCUUUUUCAUAGCGAAUCCGAACUUCACAUUUUGAGGCAAUACGCUAACAUUGGUCACAAAAUAACAAAAUAUUAUUCAGUGUACAUUAACAUAUUCGUAGUAAUGUUUAUGACAAUACCAUUACUACCAAAAGUUCUAGAUGUCAUAAUACCGUUGAAUGAGUCACGGCCAUCAGUAUUUGUGAUUGCGGGAGAAUGGGGAGUAGAUAAAGAGAAAUAUUAUUAUCCAAUUUUAUUGCAUAGUUAUGUUGCAGCUAUAGUUAGUACCAGAUGUAUGGUGAACGUUGAUACCAUGUAUAUAGUAUGUGUGUUACAUGGUUGUAGUUUAUUUUCCGCUAUAGGCAUCCGUGUUGAAAAUAUUUUUGAUAAAAUUAAACUUAACGAUGAAGAGGAAACAAUGAGUAAAAAACACAUAGUAAUGAAAGAAUAUAAUUCUGGAGAGUAUUAUGAGAUGAUUGCAUGUUUGAAGAAACAUCAAGUCGCAAUAAACUUCAUUCAGAUGCUGGACUCAGCAUUCAAAACCGCGACGUUUCUCAUCUUGUCUUUGAACGUAAUGAUUCUGAGUUUAAUUGGAUUACAACUUCUCAAUAAAAUGGGACAAACUCAGGAAGUGAUAAGAUUCGGAUGCAUAGCUGUGGGAGCGGUUACUCAUCUCUUGAGCAUGUGUGUACCAGGACAAGUGCUCUUGGAUAAAAGUUUAGAAGUGUUCGACAAAGCGUAUAAUGCACAAUGGUACACGUUCUCGUCGAAAACGACUAAAUUAUUAAGCAUAUUGCUUUAUAGAAGUUUUGUGCCUUGCACGUUGUCAGCCGGAAAUAUGUUUGUUAUGUCGAUGGCUACGUUCAGUUCGGUAAUGCAUACAGCCAUGUCAUAUUUUACAACCUUGUUAUCAGUCAGUUAGAUAUAGAAACUUGUAAAAUAUUCGCGUUUAUCGAGAGACCGAGAAAAAUACAUUUUUAAUUAUUAUA